GGAGGUAAAGGAAGACCGGGACCACCAGGUCCGAAAGGACCGCGUGGUUUUCCAGGACCUACUGGGCCGCGUGGAGCAGACGGUUUCCCAGGAGAUCCAGGACCAAGAGGACCAAUAGGUCCACAAGGAGGUCCAGGAUUACCUGGUAUUCCAGGUCCAGAAGGUUUACCAGGAGAAAAAGGUACAAAGGGUGAACCUGGCUUGACUGGAUUUCCUGGAGGUCCAGGACCACGUGGGUUCGAUGGACCACCCGGAGCUGUGGGGCCACGUGGACCACCCGGAGAAAAAGGAUUAUCGAUAAUGGGUCCAAAAGGAAUGGAUGGAACGCCUGGUUUGGAUGGAGAGAAGGGUCAAAAGGGAGAACGAGGUUAUGCGGGUGUCCGAGGUCGACCGGGAGAUUCUUUGGAUGGUAUUCCAGGAGCACCGGGUGCACCCGGUGAGCCUGGAGAAGCGGGAGCACCAGGAAGAGAUGGUUUACCAGGUCUUCCUGGAUCGCCUGGAGAAAAAGGAGAUAUUGGUGGUCGCUGUAUAGAUUGUUUACCGGGACUGCGAGGUGCUAAAGGAGAUCGUGGUGCGGAUGGUAUUCCUGGGCUUACCGGACCUCGAGGACCACCCGGAGAGCGUGGUUUCCCUGGAGAAUCUGGAGUGGACGGUCUACCAGGACCAAUCGGACCUCCGGGAUUGCCGGGAAAAGAUGGUAUACCCGGUUCUCCAGGACCUCAAGGAAACCCUGGAAACCCAGCAACAGUGACAUGGGGUAUGCUUCAUUUGGAGAAAGGUGAUAAAGGAGCACGUGGAGAACCUGGUCGACAAGGCCCGCCAGGACCUGAAGGGCCUCCAGGAGAGAAGGGCAGACCCGGACUCGAAGGUUUCCCAGGACUUAAAGGAACACCAGGAGAUCGCGGUUUUCCUGGACAAGACGGUGUCCCAGGAAGAUCAGGUUCACCUGGAUUCAAGGGAGAAAAAGGAUUAAGUAUAAAAGGUGAACCUGGAGAACCAGGUCGACCAGGAUUUCCAGGACAAAAAGGAGAACCUGGUUUGUACGGAUUAAAGGGUGAACCUGGUAAGAUUUCUUCUGAUUACCUAACGUAUGUUGCAUUUAUAAAAUUACAAAUUUACAAUGUUUUUAUAGGACCAACCGGACCACCUGGUCUACCGGGAGAGAAGGGAGUUCCGGGUCCUCCCGGCUUCCCUGGUCUAGAUGGCAUUAAAGGUGCUCAAGGUUACAUUGGUCCAGCGGGACCUCCUGGUUUACCGGGAUUGCCAGGACCUGUCGGUAUACCCGGUCUACCAGGUCUGCAAGGUCCUGUCGGUGCGCCAGGACUUGUUGGCGAACCUGGUGCACCCUGCGAAACAACACCUGACUAUCUUACCGGUAUUCUUCUGGUCAAACACAGCCAAAGUGAAACUGUGCCAGUUUGCGAGCCAGGCCAUAUUAAACUUUGGGAGGGAUACAGUUUACUCUACACAGAUGGUGACGAAAGAGCGCAUUCUCAAGAUUUAGGUUACGCUGGUUCGUGUGUAAGAAAAUUCUCCACGAUACCCUUCCUGUUCUGCGACGUCAACAACGUCUGCCAUUAUGCUUCUCGCAAUGAUCGUUCUUACUGGCUGUCGACCAAUAGUCCAAUUCCCAUGAUGCCCGUUGAAGAGAGGGCGAUAGAAGAAUAUAUCUCCAGGUGCGUGGUGUGCGAAGUGCCAGCUAAUGUGAUAGCGGUACACAGUCAAUCGAUAAGCAUUCCAGAAUGUCCGGCAGGAUGGACCGGUCUUUGGAUCGGUUAUAGUUUUGUAAUGCAUACCGGUGCAGGUUCCCAAGGCGGUGGCCAAUCCCUGUCGAGUUCCGGUUCCUGCCUGGAAGACUUCCGCGCCACACCGUUCAUCGAGUGCAACGGCGCCAAAGGACACUGCCAUUACUAUUCUAAUCAGUAUAGCUUCUGGAUGGUGAGCAUAGAGGACAACCAGCAGUUUAGGAGCCCCGAAAAACAGACCUUAAAAGCGGGCAACCUUAGAUCCCGAAUAAGUCGCUGCCAAGUUUGUAUAAAGAAUACGUAGACGUGCGCGCCGCCGUUUACACGCAUUACACGUGCAUACACACACAUACACACAUUACACACGACAUACUUCUUUUCUUCUCCUUUCUUUUUUUUUUUUUUACACGAGAAUAGAAACGAAACUGUCAUUAUGAAAAUAAACGAGCAGCGAUUGAAACCGAUACAAUUUCGUCGGGGUCAGGUCUCGACGUUAGAGAUUCCACGCAGAAGACGAUCUCUAUGUUUAUUCGAGACGAUGAAAACGCGUUCGCGAUUCGCGCGGGAUACAUUUUGUCGCGUUUGCAACACGGAAAUUGAACUUGUCGGAAUUGCGCUGGUUCCGAUCUUCGACCUAACAAGGAAGAAAGAGACAAGGUAACGUCUCGCGAUGG